AUAAAUGCUUAUCGCUGGACAGACCUACGGGUGGAAGUAAAGGGAAAAAGAUGCGAAAACCAAGAACGAUAUAUUCAAGUCUUCAACUUCAGCAACUAAAUCGAAGGUUUCAAAGAACACAGUAUUUAGCGCUCCCCGAAAGAGCGGAACUAGCAGCAAGUUUAGGACUAACACAAACGCAGGUUAAAAUAUGGUUUCAGAAUAGAAGAAGUAAAUAUAAAAAAAUGAUGAAGGCUGCUCAGGUUACCGGCGGUACGAAUAACAAUGGUAACCCAGGAGCAACGCAUUCUAGUAUAUUAGGAAGUGGUGCUAAUAUUCCUUCCGCUAGUCCUGGACCUCAGGGACAAAAUAUGAUGCCAGGGGGCGGAUCGUCGAGCGGUUCUCCGGCGACGGGUUACAUCCAACACUCGUCACCAGCGCCGAGUUCGACCCCUGGCUCUGAUAUGUCAGGUCAGCCAGCUGCGAGCCCAAGCUGGGAUAUAAAACCCCAACAGCCAAUUCACCCUCCGCCUCACCCAACACCACACCCUCACCCACCGCAUAACUACCUCCCUCAGUACUCGUGGUACCCUACAGAUAACCCCGGCCUUUUAACCGUAUGGCCAGCUGUUUAAUAAUAAAAGAAGUGAUUAGUUACUAAUUGUAAUUAUUUAUAAUUAAGAACAAGUGACCAACAAUGACCAGUGACUUGUACAUUAUACAGAGUGCUACGAUAAAAUAAUACAUCAUGUGUACGUGGUUUUUUUCGGCUCUUUACCUUUGUUUGUGGUUUGAAUGGUUUUACAAUAUUGUAAAUUAUGUUCCCAUAAAACUGUACCGUACCUAGUGAAGUAGAUCUCAGUGCAAAUCACGUGCUAAUUUAUCAAAACGCCUCUGUAAUCUUCCAAAGUCCUUACACGCUAUCCAUUGAAUUUGGUUAGUUUCAUCUCACAUCCUUUAAAUUGAUCUUCCAACUUGAACAGGUGAUUUUACGGUGGCAUUUUGUUAAGUUAGCGCAUGAGCCUUGGAAUUAUCAAAUUUGGUGCAAUAAAAUUUAAGUUGUUAAAGCAGGUCCUAGAUUUCUUUUUGUAAAAAAAAUAUAGCUAGUGAUUCGUACUAACGGUGUAUUUUAAUUUCAUCCCGUGUUUUCCUUUAUUAUUUAUGAAUGUUAGUACGGUUUUGUUUAUAAUGUAAAAUAUGUAGAAGCGAGAGUGUUUGGGUAUACGGAAGGAUCUUUAGCUUUACGAGAAGAAAGAAAACCGAAGUUGUUUCGUUUGUUGAAUAAGGUUUUUAUUUCUGUAUAAUAUCUUAUAUAGUUAAAUAUCGAUGAUGGAUGUCAGUAUGUCAGAAAGAAGUUGUACCUAAUUCUGUAAAGUAGUGUUAAAAACGUCUUUUAUUUAGAAAAAAUUAUAAUUAUUACAAGAAAAAAAUAUUUCUAAAUGUUUAAAUAUAUGGAGAAAACACG